AAGAAGAUUAAUAAACCAGGUCGUAAACCUUUAGCUACAGAGCCUAAGAAUAAGAGAACUGCUCAAAAUAGAGCUGCUCAAAGGGCAUUCAGAGAACGUAAAGAGCGUAAAUUGAAAGAAUUGGAAGAGAAGAUUGAAAAUUUAGAGGAUGAAAAAAAGUCUGCAAAUACUGAAUCUGAAUUUUUAAGAUUACAAGUUCAAAUGUUGAUGAAUGAAUUAGCUAAACAUCGUGGAACUCAUGAUAUAAGUGAUUUAAACUUACCAAAAGUUCCAACUCCUGUUGGUAAUAGUUAUACCAAAAGUAUUAUUUCAUCAAAUGAUUCAAAUGAUUCAAAUUCUUCAGUCUUUAGUGGUGAUGAUAACAAAUCUUCAAGAACAAAUUCUUCUCCAUUAGAUGAUUUCAACACAAAAAUGCCUCAACAACCAUUUUCAUUUGAAUUCCCAUGGAGUCGUAAAAAUUCAACAACAAGUGCUAAAGCAAAUAAUCAAAACACUAGCUCUGCCCCUGGUUUAGCUUCUGAUUCUUCAACUACUUCUUCUGCUGAAUCUUCUCCUUUUGAACUAUACAAUACUGAUGAUCAACGUGAUCUCCCAUUAUUUACCAAAGUUAAAGAACAUCAUCAAGGUUUCCAAGAUGAUGGAAAUGAUUUCAAAUUCAACGAACAUUUUGAUGAAGGUAUAAGUGAUUUCUGUAAAGAUUUGAAUCAAGCUUGUGGUACAAAAGAUUGUCCAGUUCCAAAGAAGAGAACAUCAUCUUCAAGAAUUUCAAAUGCAAGUACACCAUUGACAUCUUCUGAUGAUACUCCAAAGACUACAACAGAUAAUAAUAAUAACAAUUUGUUGAAUUUGAAUGAUGAUCCAUUAUCCUUCUUGAAUAAUAAUAAUGAUAAUUUCAACACCACUUUUGAUCCAACAUUAGCUUUUGUCAAUGAUAAUGGAUUUGAUACAUUUUUCAAUGAAGGUAAUAAUGAACAAAUACAAGAUGAUCCAUUAAGCUCGUUAACCACUGAAGAAUCUAUUUAUGAUCCAUUUGGUAUAUUCAACCAAGCUAAAUCUCCACUAGUGGAGAGACGUACAUCAACUGCAACUGCUACAAAAGAAACCCCUAAACCAACAGUUAAACAAGAAUUGGGAAUAGAGGAUUAUAGUGAUGUUGUUCCAUUAACAGAUGGUAAAAUGUUGAAGUGUACUGAAAUUUGGGAUAGAAUCACUGCUCAUCCUAAAUAUAGUGAGAUUGAUAUUGAUGGAUUAUGUACUGAAUUAAGAUCAAAGGCAAAAUGUUCAGAUAAAGGUGUUGUGAUAGAUUAUGCUGAUGUUAAUAAUGUGAUAAAUAACAGUAUACCUAAA